AUGUGCUUUCUGUUUAUGUAUGUGAAGUAAAAGAGUGAGGGAUAAACAUGUUUGUUGUUUUACCAUAUUUCCUUAGACCAGUUACUCGAGUAUGUGUAACAAGCAGACUUUUGAAAAUAUAUGAGAAACAGUGCUAUUAUUCUACAGAAGUCAAAGUUACUGAUGAUGAGUUCAGAGUUUUGGAAUUAUAUCCAGACGUUAAAGGAAAAAGGAAAGGUGCUGAAAAAAAAUCUUUUUUUAGAGAUGCACAGGUAGCUCCACCUCGAGAAAAAAGAAUGAAAAUAGAUCAAGACUGGCCCAGUGUUUGGCCAGCGCCACAGACAUUUCGACCAUCUGUCGUCCCAUUACCUGUAUAUCAAGGGUAUGAUCAAAAAAGAGCUCCCCCGGGAAAAUAUGCAAAUGCUGAGUUGAUGAAAAUCCCAAAUUUUCUUCAUUUGACUCCACCUGCCAUAAAGCGGCAUUGUGCAGCUAUUAAACAAUUCUGCACUGAGUGGCCAAGAGGAUUAGAAACAGAUGAAGAUUACCAUGAGCACUUUCCUGUGGAAAUAAUAACUAGUGAUUAUUGCCAUUCAAGCCCUGUUAUACGAGAUGAACGCUCACGAAUAGUUACGCUUAAGAUCAAAUUAAGAAGUUUAAAAUUGGACUACCAUGGUCGAGAUAAAUUGAUACGAUUGAUAGGAAAUGAGCGAUAUGACAAAAAUACUGACACUGUAACAAUUGUGGCAGAUCGAUGCCCUCUCAAAAAACAGAAUUAUGACUAUUUAAUCUACUUGUUAACUGCAAUCCAUCAUGAAUCGUGGAUUACUGAACCAUGGGAACAUGAGAAAACUGAGGCAGAUAUGGAAAAAUUUUUCUUUGAAGGAAGUCGAAUUGAAAAACAUAUUGUAGACACAAUUGCCCAAGUCACAUGUGGAUCAGCAUCCGAACAAGUAUCUGACAAAAAAGAAAUAGAAGAUUCAGAAGAAGUUAAGCAAUAUGGAGAAGCAGUGACUCAGCUCGUUAAUGAAGGAGAAAAUGAUUUCACUAUUCAUAAAUACAGGGAAUCUGUACUGAAGGCAUUAAAUGUUGAAAAUGUUAAAGAUGCUUAAGGGACUACAUGUAUAUAAUUUAAAACUAAUAAAUCUUUCAGUUUCCCUUGUGUUAA